AUGGCUCCGCCGUUCGGCCUGUUCGACUUUAGCCUCGACCGCUCGCCGAUCGUCAUGGCCUACGGCUGCAUGCGGCGCCAGGAUCGCGCGUUCCACAACACGACGCAUGCCUGUGGCGGCUCUAGCGGCGAGGAUCCAGUGUGGCGGCUUGGGACGGCUCUGCACGACGCGCUGCACAUCGUCCUGCUGUGCUGCGUGAUAGUCGGCUUCGGUGCGUGCAUGCCUCGACGGCGCUCGUGGCUCAGCGCCGUCGGCAAUGACUCCCUGUGGUGCUACCUCUUGCACAUUCCGCUCACGCCGUUGGUGCAGUCCGCCACGGUCGUCGUGCUGCUCGACCUCGUCGAUCCGGAGCCCACCUCGCCUCUGCGCGGCCUCGCGUUCCUCGCGCUCGUGGUCUAUCUCCAGUUCCUCCUCUCACGCCGUCCCGAUAUUGCCAGCGUGUCGCGAUUCUUUCAGCCAAUCUUCCAGCUCUGGAGCUGGACGAGAGGGAUCCGCGCAGCAUCGCGGCGUCCAAGUUGGCAGCAGAUUGGAGCGGCGAUCGCCGCCCUUCUCUGUACGUCUCUUGCCGCCGCCAGUUGCAUCUUUGCCAUUGCGACCCGCACAGCGCCGGUAGCGCCGACGAUCCCCGGUCCGCCUGCCUUGCGAAUCGUGCAGCAGCAGCCUGGCGGCCUAGUCCCCGGCGCAGCGGGCCACGGCUGA